CAUUUCGCAGGUUCUAUAGCUAAACUAUAAAUAAAAAUUUCUACGUCGAAAGAGGGGGUGAUGCAAACCGUAUUCAUCUCGUGGUACAUCUCUUUCGAUGGACCAUUUAAUCGAGAACGGUCACAGGUCAGACCUAAGACAUAUCUCGUACUCUCACUCCACUGCGUGCAGUUGUCAGCAACUCUCCCAGCGAAACGCGUUGCAUACGUUUUAUAGCCGUAUACGUUCUACCGCCGUAAUCUUUUUUAUAAUUAAUACGCCGUUCCAUUUUAUAUCAGAACUUUGGUAGUCGUGCCGACGGAGGCAUUUAACAGUUUUACCAAGAUGACGCGAUCCAAUUUGAGGUACAAGCCACCAGAAAUUUCGCAAUUUGAAUCAGUAGCUAGAAUAUCCAGUCUACCAAUUGUUGAAAGUGGAAUACACAUCGCUGGAAAUGUCUACGACAAGAUUAAGCGUUCCAAUUCCCUGGUUAGCUGGAGUCUCGAUACCGCGGAGCAAUCUCUUGCUGCUGCAACGGCUUCGGCGAAACCAGCUCUUCUAGUAUUCAACGGACCGAUCGCUACGAUAGAUCAGCUACUCUGUAGAGGCAUCAAUAUCGUCGAGGAUAGAGUACCUGCCCUAAAUCUACCGCCGCAGCUUAUGUACUUCAAUACGAGGGAGUUUGUGAGGAAAAAAUUCGUUAAACCCGUUCUGAUGCGCGCUGGAAGUGUCAAGCAGAUGGGUAGCGAUGCGGCUGACUUGGCCGCCGAUAGACUCGACGGGGCCCUGACCGUCGCCGAAGAGUACGUUGACCGCUACCUACCCCCCGACCCCACAGAUAAGGCCACUGACGUGAAUUCGGACCCCAAUCCGACGGAAGGGGUGAGCAAAACUGCGAGAACGAUACAUCACGGGGCUCGUUUUUCAAGGAAACUUCAACGCCGACUCACGCGACGAACCGUUGCCGAGGCACGCGCUCUCAAGGAACAGGGAACCGAAUGCAUUCACGUUCUCUUAUACGUCGUGGAAAUCAUCGCCACGGAUCCAAAAUUGGCGCUAAGAAAAGCGUGCGAAUUGUGGGCCACCCUGAGUCUGCCGGAGCCGGAAAAUCAGGCACGUCCGGCGACCUUGGAGCAGCUUUUGGUACUCUUGACGAGAGAAUCGGCACGCAGGGUUGUUCAUUUGGUGAACGGUGCGGCAGCUGUGGCUUCCAGAGCACCGCGAAAACUCGCUAGAAUUCUAGUGCGAACUUCGCAUCAGCUACUCGACGCUCUCGCAGCUACAUUAAAGAUGUUGAUUGUAACUGACAAUCGAAAGCAAACCGUAUCUCAAAUUUCUGUUGUCCGUGCUGCCAUCCUCAGACUUGGUUCCACAACCGAUCUCGUAUUGGAGCAAUUCGCAGCUUUUUUAGCUGGUCGUCCGGCUACGGGAAAAGCAGUCAACAAUCAAAAUCGACAACAGAAUCACAACAAUCACGUACUCGUGACUACCGAUGUCUUAGCCAACGAAAGCAGCAGAAUGGCUUCCGAGACGGUUCGACUACCUCAAAUUGAAUUGUUUAACCGAGUAAUGGGGCUGCCUAUUAUAGAGUUGGCGUUUACAAAGUCUGCGUCAACCUAUAUGAGAGUCAAAGAUUCCCACCAACUUGUUCAUUGGGCAUUAUCGAACGCCGAAGCAUCUUUGAGCAGCGCUACGAGGCAGGCCGUACCAAUCGCAGCUCCGAUAGCUAAGAGACUCGAAAAUUCCAUACAACUUGUCGACCACACGCUUUGCUGGGGGCUCGAUAAAAUCGAAGAAAAAGUUCCCAUUGUCAAAGAGAAGCCCGAAACGAUCUUGGAGAGCGCGUUUACUCUAGCCGUACAGACGGUGCAACCCGCGGUAUCAAAAAUCGCGUACGCCAACGAACUGUUGUCAUCGCAAGCCGCUUGUUUGAAAACAUUGAGCUGGAAUAAAGCCAACGAUAUCCUGGGAACGCAAUUCGGUACCGCCGCCCUCCAAGGACUCGACAGUACCGCUGCGAUCGCCGAUAAAUUGAUCGAUCAUUAUUUCCCAGCUUUUGAGGCCGAAGAAAAUGUUUCAGCCCCCGUUUCCGCAGAGGAAGAUAAAUUGUUGCACACGGUGCAGACGGUGGGACGUUUGUCUAACAAAGCUGCGCGUCGAGUUUACGGUAGCGUUCGUCAGCACAUAAAAACAAUAAACACCGACGACCUGAAGGAAUACGUCAGUAACAUUGUGCAGAUUCUCCACCUUGCGCAGUACCUUCAUGCGAUAAAUGAAAAGGUUCAAUCCCUCGCGGGACCGAAGGAUCAGGAUCGCAAUAAGACUCAAUCGUGAAUUAAUGAUAGAAAAAGAGAUAAAACAAUGAAUUUCAGCUCAAACAAACGAAUUCAUAGAACUGAUAUUUUUAAGCGAUUAUUAUGUAUACGUAUAUUUCGUAAUAAUGUUCCGUUCGUAUUUAUAUGUUAGAUAUUUAGAGUCGCGUACGAAUAUAUAUGUGUUUUUCUAUCGUACUAAGAUCACGCAAUGAUAAUAUUAAUUGUGAUGAGUACCAUUAUAUCGUGACGAGUUCCUCGUGUUCGUUCGUUCGAAAAAAAAAAAAAAAAAAAAAAAAAAGAACAAAUAUUAGUCAAACACAAACGCGAGUUUGAAUCGUUGAAAUAUUUUGACCCCAUUGGAUAAGCCAUUUUUAAAUGAAUUUCAGAAAAAUAUUCUUCGUUAAUAAAAUACGUACGUUAAUUUCGGAGAACCGAUUGAUUCACUCUGAA